AUGACUUGCUGCAAAAAAUUGCAAGAAUAUUGCAUCGAAUCAAUCUGUGAGGACCCACAAACAUUUCUCACCUCGAAAAUUUUUACAUUGCUAGACAAAGACAACUUUUUAAAUUUGCUUAAAAGAAAUGAUCUGCAUAUUGAAGAAAUUUAUGCUUGGGAUUGUUUAGUCAAGUGGGGCAUUGAAAAGGCUGAAAUAAAGAAUAAAGAUAGAGGCGAAUGGGAUCAAGAGGAAUCUAAAGUAUUGAAGAAAACGCUAAAACCAUUCAUUCCACUUAUCAGAUUUGCGGAAAUAUCUCCCGCUGAUUUUUUUGAUAAAGUACGUCCUUAUAAGGCUGCCAUAUCAAAUAAUAAAUAUGAAAAGAUUGUGGAAUUUUAUUAUAAAAAAAUCUUAUCGAAAGAACCUACCUUGCCGUCUCGCGUGAGAAAGCUAGCUUCAGCAAUAAUUAAGCCAAAUAUUGCGACUAUUAUUUCUAAUUGGAUUGACAAAAAUGAUUCAAAUGUUUUAUCAUAUAAUAAUAAAUAUAGGUUUAAUUUGAUUUACUCAAACAGUCAGGAUGAACUUGAUAGUAAGAAAUUUCAUAUUAAAUGUAAUGGUCAAGGACCGUUUGUAGUUUUGAUAAAGGGUCCAUCAAAAAAAAUCUUUGGAGGCUAUAAUCCGAUUGGUUAUGCAUUAAGAGAAAGUCAAUGGCUACUUUCUUCGGACAGUUUUAUCUUUUCUUUUGAAAAUGAUCAAGACACACAUCAUAUGAAAAUUGGUAGAGUAAUUAAGACUCGCCGUUCAGUUUAUGAAAAUCGCAAUACGAGUCUUUUUAACUUUGGAAAUGAUUUUUAUAUGAAAGGGCAAACACUUUAUAUCCGUAAAAGAGGAAAUUAUAAUAAUUUAUGUGAUAAUGAUGAUUUGCAUAUUGAUGAAACUGAAGUCUUUAGUGUAGUUAAAAUGUAA